GUGAAUGACCCUGAACUGAAGCCCGAAGCCUGAAGCCCGCUAAGGAUUCUAUAAAUACAACUCUGUGUCGAUUUCACAUAAACAGCGGUCAUCCAGUGACGAAAGUGUUUUUUGAGUUUUAUACAAAUAUUAAUUGGCUUGACAAUAAAAAAAAGAGAUUUGAUCCCUGUAGAAGAUGACGCUGUUAGCUCCAUUUCAAAAGGAAAAACUGGAAUAUUUUUUCAACUUUUUCGAUGCCAAUGAGGACAAGGCGAUAGAACUAGAAGACUUGAACGGAUUUAUGAAAAAAAUUGUUGAUUACACCGGAUGGAAUACGAACUCUCCCUCAUAUCACGAGAUUUUCGGCGUACACGAGGCUUUCUUCGAGAUUUUGAUGGAGAAAACAACAUUUAAUAAAGUGACCUUGGACGAGUGGUAUAAGCUCUGGGCCAAACUGAUUCAUGGCAGUAUGGGAAUGCAGAACUUCCCGGUGUGGCUUCGCCUUCUCCCCAGAUCACUGUUCAAGAUCAAGGACAGAAACCAGGAUGGCGUUAUUGAGGAAGAUGAACUGGCAGAUUUCUACGCCAAUUUCGUCAAACUAGAGGACUCCGAGGCGAAGAGGGUGGCCAAGACAGCGUACGAGAAUAUGACAGACUUUGGUAGAUAUCCAUUAAAUCUGGCGAGUUACGAGCAGAUCUUCGCCAACUUCCUUCUCGGCAAGACUCCCUAUGGACCCGGACGAUUUAUUUUUGGUUGUUUCGAACAUAGUUUACAUAGGAGCAAGUUUCGACUGAUUAAGGCGGCGGUAGAGGAGAGCGAAGAGGCCACGGAAGAAAUCAAGGCGGCCAAUAGAGUCAGGCGCGGAUCUACUGACGCAGUUAGAUUAAGGUUGAAAAAGGUGUAGGAAUCGAAGGAGUGGAUCUAAUAAAAAUGUUGACACCAGAUUCCCUCAUUGUACACUAAAAAGGCCGUCGACGAAUUACGUACAGGUUACCCCCCUUGUAACAUGAGUUGUGUGUCACGUUUAAAAUUCAAAGACUCAAUUACAGCAUAGUAAAGAGCCGGUAGCUAAUAAGGUUCUUGUUUGUGUAUAAAAACACUUACGACCUGCAAAUCAUACAAUUUAGCAAACAUGAAACAAUGAGCUUCUCAAAACCUUUGAAAUAUUUUCGGAAUGUGAAUUUUAUGCUUUAUAAGUACAUGUAUCUAUGCUAUGGUCUGUAGAUCUGAAAUAUAUUUUCCCCUGAUGUGUUCUGUAUUGUAUGCGCCCUUAAGGUUAAAAUCUUGACCAUACAUGACAGUACAUUUAGUAAGAUAUACAAACAAAAUUAUUUUUGCACACAUUGUCUUGCUUUUAUAUAUACAUUGUAUAUCUAUUUUAAUUCGCAAAUUCUGAUAACCACUUGAUCCGCGCCUCUAUUUCACACGGGAGAUACACGUGAAUAAACAAACCCCCAUAUUUUGACUAGUUUAGCUUUAAGUAUAUUGACAGCAAAACAAUAUAUCAUUAGAGCAAGACAGGUGCCUGUAAAUAACGCAUUAGGUCUAGUAAAGGCUAUUGACGAAUAGAUUAAGAAAAAACAAAACACCCAACAAUCGGUAUUACCAUUUCUACAAAUGUUUUGAACGAAAGAAAAUCCAUGUACCAUGGCGUGGUUCUACAAAACUCAGAAAUACACGAUCAGCUUCACUCCGCUAUAUGCAUUGUAAUCAAAUGUUUCUAACAACGAAUUUUAUUUUUGGACACUUUCUUAAUUGUCCGCUAAUAUUACGCAAAUGAUAUGUAAUUAUAUAUAUGUAAUUUGAAAUUUUUUUUCUCCUGCAUAUUCGUUUUGUGUCACAUUCACGAAAGAAAUCUGUUCAGCGAUAUAUCGUGCAGUGUGGAGACAGGCGGGGGGGGGGGGGGGGGGGGGGGCAGGAAUAUUCUCAUUCAAACAUAAAGGUCUAAAUUAUAGUCUCUUGUGAGAUAAAAUAAAGCAAAAUGUAAAAAAUCACAAAAUUAAAAAACAGAAUCUACAUGUCUCAUGAACAUUGACAUAGUUAGUCUUGACCAUCAAGACGCAUCGACUCGUUCGCGUUUGUCUGAUAAAGACAAGCGUCUGUGUGAUCGAGACUAUGACAUAGUGAGUCUCUAACCUCUCUUCCGAUGUCAGUCCUUGAUAAAACCCUUUUCAAAUUCUAUGUAGUGCAGAAUACAUACAUCCUGUAGUAUAGUUUGGAAUAUAUUGAACAAUAUUAUGUAUGAGCUGGGGAGAGGUAUAAUUAAUCAAUUUAAUGUAUAGGUUAAUAAUGAUUCGUCAUUUUCAGAUACUGAGUUGCAUUAUAUAUAUAUGUUAUAAAACUGAUUAUAUUUUGAAAUAAAUAUAUUCAAACUCCACA